AUGACUCGAGAUAUCCAAAGGCUUCACCAUGAACACGAUCCUGCUACUGAGGAUGAGGUCUACGCAGCCUUGUGGGCAACAACGCCAUUUCCACGUCUCCCUCCCGAUGCGCCAGAGGCCUUAAAGAAGGUCACCAUCGACAUUGAUGAUCCAAGACGAGUAUAUACAAUCCAUCAUGCAGCUCGGCGCUACCACUUCCAGAUUCUAGUUGAAAGAUACAUAUUCCAGAUCAGAUACGGAUGCACCUCGGAAACCUGCAGUACUUCAACAUGCUUCUCCUCUCGAAAGCAUGUUGCAGGCGGCGCCCCUGUUCGCAGAUACAAUGCGACAAGUGCCCGGACACUGGCUGUGUAUAUGGCAAGCCAAGAUAAUCCAGAGCAGGGACUUUGUCAUCACCCAGGUGCAAAUCAUUCUAUACUACAGGUGAAAGUCCCUCCAAAACCUAAGAAACAGGCGAAUGGGAGUGUGCAACCACCCGAGAAAAAGGAAAGGUUAGCUGGGCAAGAAAGCAGCGAUGGUGAUGAGUCUAAGGGGCAACCAGCGGGCAGGAUACACCCUGGCGGCGAUGCCACGAAAGGGAAGACCAACAGCAAUAGUCCCAAGGACGAGGAACCACCUACGAAUAUUGGUGUAGAUCCGUUGAAAAGCCUAGACGAGCCUACAAGUACCGACCAUCGAUCGUUCGUUCAAAAUGUAUUUGGGACGACUGCUUUCAAGAUGUUGGAAUGGCUUACACCAAGGAGUCUAGAACUUCUAAGUAGACCAGAGGAGAUUGCAAAGUUGGCCGACAAGGAUAACCCUAAACCAUCGCCCCAGGAUCUUCACAAUUCUAAAUCGAACGACCUGAAAGAGAAAGCGAACGUUGCUUCGGCAAUACGUAGCAGCUCAGAAGACAGCAUAUUGCAGAAGCCGGCGCCUGUCAAGGUAGCAAAGGAAGCAUCACACCCCAAACCAUCUCCGAGGACUGCAAAAGCUCCACCAAGCUUACAAGACUCCAAAUCCAAACCAACCUCUAGACCUACCCAGAAAUCGACCUCAAGCUCACAUCGCCAGAAAAAAUCAGACUUAAGGGAAGAUCACGCACCAAAGGGCAUUCUGAACAUACCCUCCAUGCCAUCCGAUCCCUCCAUGGACAUGACUUUACCCCAGUUCCGACCUUCGCAUACCAAGCAGAAUAUAUCACGUCAGUCCUCGAACACGGGUCCUCAACUACAGGUUGCCGAGAUCACGUCAAUAACAGCCGGAAAAUCGUCGUCGGUCAGAAUAAUCACUGAACAGAAAAGGCCACCUGCUGUGAGCGAAGACAGUCCAGCCCCAAAAGAGGAGGCUAUUUUUACAGCAAAAGUGAAAAUAGAAAACAUACCACAGAGAACCGAUGUCUCAAGACCCCCUUCCAUCAAGAGUCCAUCUUCCCCACAGUCCAUGUCCGGCCUUCCUAUCGAAUUAAUCGAUUUUCUCUGUGAUGUUAUGCAUACGGAUGGCACUACUGAGAAGCAUGAUUUGGAGCAAAUGACCAUCAAUGACAAGACAGUGAAGAUUUUGCAUAGGCCAUAUCCAAAACUGAAGCGCCAAGAUCCAGGGUUGAGCGAUCUAGACCCAAUAGCACUUAAGGAAAGAUGGCGAUCCUUUAUCGAACAAUCCUUCUUCGACGUUCUUUCUAAACCCGAUUCCUUACUCCAGUCGUUCAGGGACAGCGAUGGCCAGUUACUCGACACGCACACGAUCUGGUACCUCUUGCUUCGAAUGACAAGAGUAGCCCCAUCAAUCGUGUUCCACGGCCUCUGGAUUGUUGCAGGUGUUCUUUAUAAUCUUCCCGAUAAGCUAGAAACGGUUCAUGACUGGGCGAAACCACCUGAGAAUAGCCCAUCCAGCAAGUCUCUUUCGAAUGAAGAGGCUGCAGAAGUCAUGAGCAUAUGCCUUCAUGCUUUGGUUGCAGCUGCACCCCUUGUUUCCAAUGCGAGACAACUGGCGAACAUGUCUAGAAUUCGCUCAUAUGGUUUGACGGUGCUAGGAAGAGAUAAAUCAUCACUAGAGCCUACAAACCUAUGUCUUGCAUACGAAGAUGCUUUUACGAAUGAGCUGGCUCUGAGACUUGCUCGUAGACUAUUUGCGUCAAUACCCACGAGAAGACGAUUCUCUGAAUUGCUGGAUGUUCAGAAUGAUGUGCGAAACGAUGAUGAGCGUGAGCCAGAUGUUCUUGAGGCGCUACUAGCGAAACUUAAGUUUCUCGAUCUAGAGAUAACUCCUGCGUUGUCAUUUAAUCUUGACGAACGGGAUCUACAUGAGAAGAGAGUGCCAACUUUGCUCCUCGACUGGGCUCGAACCGUGUUGCUUCAAGAUUGGCAGGGAUCCGCUGAAGUGCCCGCCGAGGGAGCUUUCGGUGGAGCCCUAGCCUUGAUUGCUGCCAUAUACAAACAUAGAAAGUCGUUACUUCUUGGGGAUAUCCACUUCCGUACCGAGUAUUUCGCUGAACGUCUGGACCCACUUGCCAUGCCUCUCGAAUGGUUAAAAUUUGAAUCGAACAAACGAACUGUUCACUUGCUCGAUUUUCCAUACCUUUUCAACCCUUCAACAUUAGUCACAUACUUCCGCUCAAUCAAUUACUCCCGCAUGAACCAAGCCUAUGAAGUAGCCAGAGCUACCAGCGGACUUAUGAGAUCUAUAGAUCCUGAAAUGAAGUUAUUACCCGAUCAAAGUGCUCGUUACAGACUUCUUGAUCGUCUGCAGACUGGCACUUCCUGCUUCAUGGUACUCGAGAUUAGUCGACGAAAUGUGCUUGAAGAUACCUUUAAUGCUAUUUGGAGACGAGAGGAACGUGAAAUUAUGCGGCCUUUGAAGAUCCGAUUAGGUGAGGAAGGUGGAGAAGAAGGUAUGGAUUCUGGUGGGGUGCAACAGGAGUUCUUCAGACUAGCCAUUGCGGCUGCUCUUGAUCCUGACUAUGGCACCUUCACUAUUGACAGCAGAACCAAAAUGACUUGGUUUCAGCCCGGCUCUCCCGAACCCCUCUGGAAAUUCGAACUCAUUGGCCUAAUCAUAUCCCUCGCCAUCUACAACGGCCUCACCCUCCCCGUAACUUUCCCAAAAGCCCUCUACCAAAAGCUCCUCAGUGAAGAAGUCUCCGAACUCCACCACAUCGCAGACGGCUGGCCCGACCUGGCCAAUGGCCUUACCACCCUCCUCGAAUGGGACGAAAAAGACGGGCUAAUCGAAGACAUCUUCGCCCGCACGUACGAAUUCAGCGUCGAGCAAUUCGGUCAGCCCAUCUCCAUGGAAAUGGGUGCUAAUGCAGCCACCCCAACAACUCACUGGCCCCAAUUCACCGAUGCGCACACAUCUUUCAACCCUGUAGACGCGCCUAUGGUCACGAACGCCAACCGCAACAAUUAUGUGAGCGAUUAUAUCCGCUUCCUCACAGAUGUCUCAAUCCGCCCACAAUUCGACGCUUUUAAAAAAGGGUUCUUCGCCUGUAUAUCCCCCGCAUCUCUCACCCUCUUCACACCCACCACCCUGCAAUCAAUUCUCGAAGGUAUCCAAGAAAUCGACAUCGCCGAGCUGCGGCGCUGCACGCGCUACAUUGGUUGGGACGCAUCCCACCGCACCGUGCGGGACUUUUGGAGUAUCGUGAAAAAGUACGACUUGGAACAUAGAAAGAAACUGCUGGAAUUCGUGACGGCUAGUGAUAGAGUUCCUGUGGGAGGCAUGCGGAAUCUGCAGUUUACGCUGCAGAGAAAUGGGGUUGGGGAUGGGCAGUUGCCGAGUAGUUAUACUUGUUAUGGGAUUUUGCUGAUGCCGGAGUACUCGGGGAAGGAGGUGUUGAAGGAGAAGUUGGGCAUGGCGUUGGAGAAUUCUCAGGGUUUUGGGUUUGCGUGA